AUGAAUUUUUGUUUGCUCGAGUCUCCUCCAAGGUACCAUGAUACGACGGAAAUCAAGAGGUGCUUGCAGCUAUCCCUUGUGUUCACAGCACAGGUUUCAGCUUCACUCGUGCAGGUCCCACACCCUUCCAAGUGCCUGCCUGCUGCGUUCAACCUCUCGCGCUGGCCGAAAUCCUCUCAGAGACGAAGUCUGACGUACCCCAACGGUUCUGCCGUCAGCGUCAGCCUGCCCUUCGAGUCAUGGUCGUCAGCCCGAGUCUUGGCGCAGAUCGCCUUCAUCCUCCUGGACGAGGUCAUGGACUACCGCACAGUCGUGUGGGAUGGCGCUGGUCUCAACUCUGCUCAACCUGUGAACUAUGCAGCCGGUUGCAAGGACCCUGACAGCACAACCUGCACUGUCUCCAACAUCCAAGAUCCCUUCCUUCACAUCACCCUUGAGACCUGGUCGUUCGGAAUUCGUCGAGUCUUCACCUUGCCACGGGACGUGCAGCCUACGCUGAUCUCUGUGCUUGACUACAGCACGAUCGACUCGUUGUUCAUCUGGAACAGCGUCCUGCAGGCUGGAAAGCAAGAUGGAAUUGAUUUGAACUACUACCAGCUCUACGACGCGAAAUACUUUGUGCAGAGCAAAUACUUUGACUCCUGGCAGCAACUGCUCAGUCUCAUUCCGCCAGGAACAAUCGAGACAUGCAGCGAGCUGGAUGCAGGAACUUACGCCAACACAAGAGAAGUGGAGACAUACGUCAACGUCACUGGCAACAACGACACUGCCUGUUUGGACGACAAAGUUUGGUUUUCUCCAGCCUGCCUCAUGCUAAAUGACACAUCGCUGUGCAUCCCAUUGGUAGCGCAGUACAGCGUCUACUUGUACAUGCAGUUGACCUACUGGCUGGACUUUCCUGUAGCCAUGGUGAAGAUGAGGGAUGGGAAGCAGAAGUUUGAUGAUGCGUAUUACAAGGUCGUCAAGUCAGGCAAGUUCUUGUUCGGUUGGUAUCAGCCCGAUGACAAUCUGCUGGGGAUCAAGGACGACUUCCCUGUCUCCCUCAUGCUUCCUCCCUACAAUGCUCUGGAACAGCUGCACGGAGUGUAUAAGACUGGCAACGAGUUCAUCAAGCCGAGGAACUACGUGUGGAGGAAGCUGCCAUCUGUUGACCCUCACGUGACUUUCUUGGCGACCAGCUUGAACCUGUACGAUGAGGACAUGAACUCGCUAAUGGCUGAGAGCGGCAAGAUGAAGAAUGUCACUUCCGACGUCUACCUCUCCUCCUGGCACGUGGCCUGCAACUGGGUCAAACAAUCGCCUGCGGUGUGGGAGCAGUGGAUCCCAGCCAUCUGUGCGCCAGGACAGACAGCAGACCCCACGCUGUCGAACUGUGUGGCUUGUCCAGCUGGGUUCUACUGCGAAGGAGGCAUCCAGCUAGCACAAGCCUGUCCCAAGGGCGCUUUCUGCCCUGCUAACUCCUCUGCUCCUCAGACUUGCCCGAGCGGUUUGCAGACGACGAGAGACAAGAUGACUAAGGAGAGUGAUUGUAGCGACUGCACAGGCGACAACUACCUCAUCAACGGCAAGUGUAUGUCGCUGUCAGUCUUGGUGAUAUCAAUCUUCCUUCCUCUUGCUGUCUUUCUACUGUCGUCAGCCAAAAUCAUGAGGGUGCUUCAAGAAUAUUAUCUCCCACAGGACGAGAAGCUGUUGAUGUCAACGAUGGAAGAAUUGAGGAGCCAGUUGCUGAUCAACAAGAAGUACGGCUUCUACCUCAGCAACGAGAGCGUCGAGAUUUGGGUGGACAAGCAAUCUAUCACUUGCAUUCAGUCGGAUGCGAUGGAGGCGGCAUGCCGGCUGGCUCUCUUUCAAGAGGAUUUCGAUCUUUUCUUCUUUGACAACUUUUGCGCCACCUUGUGUCAGGUCGAGCGAUACAACUCACAAGAGGAGGAGGGAGAGAUCUCCCUGCAGCAGGAGAAGCUGCGGGAAUGGCUCAUGUCCAUGGCUCUUGUGCUCCUUGACAGAAACAGUCCGGAUCAGAGGAUACAAACCGAGGAUAGAGGAGGCCCAGGAUCGACCGCGGCAGGAGCCUUGUACUUCGCGCAGGAUGUGACGGAGACUGCCACGGUGGCGUCAGUCUCGGACGAAGAGCCCGGGGCCCGUCGGUUCCGAUUCUUCCUGGACAAGUUCAUCAGGGCCAAGGUCUGGAUGGAGGACCAGGAGUUGUUCGAGAGGCUGAGAGAAGCUUGCCGGGAAAACGUGGAGGCGAUGAGAGCUGACUGCGAAGCGAGGUUCUCUCAGCUCAUCAACUCUCCCAGCGGCUCUCGCCUCGAGCAGUUGAGCUGGGACAAGGAGGACAAGCAGAUUUUCUCUUCUCCCAACCCCAGCAGCGAGAGAGGAAGGACCCUUUCCUCUUCGUCGAUGGAGUUGAACAUGUGGGACAAGUACUCCAGUGGUUUCAUGGAAGGAGGAAACAAGAAGACUCUCCAUCUGCUGCGACAGGAUUCUUACCAGGUCAGAGCCAUCGAGGUGGACGAAGCGAGCAGGAUGGAGUCGAGGAUCUCCUUCAACAAGCUGGCAGAGAGCGGCGAAGUCUCGUGUGUGAGGGAGGACGUAUUCAUUUCACAGCUCCAGCAGCUCGCCAGCAGGUUAAACUCUGCCUUCCACAAGGCCAUCCUCGACAUCAUUCUCAAGCACUGCCGCACUCAGAUCAGCUCUGGGGUCACUUCCUCUGCUCUCCUGCAGCGCAGGUCCUCUCAGAUCUUCUCUUGCCAGAUGCUCCACCGGCAGGGAGAGAUUGCCGCCGUCUUCCCCAGCUGCAAGACUGUGAAAAGUAUGACAGAGAAGCUCAAAGACUUCGGUCCUCCUCACCCAGCAGCAGUCUGGCCCUUGACCGCCAACGUGCUCGACCCCGUAAGGAUGUGCAUCAUCUGCCAAGACGCAGCAGACAUGCUGGAAGUGGUCUCGUGGCUGGAGGAACACCAGCGGCAGCACUCGGACCUCAAGAUCUGUGAGAUCGUCAACGGGUUCGGCAAGGAGGAGGGAGGCGCUCGAUGGCGCGGGCUGAAGGUGCUGGUGCUGUUCGAGGACAGGGGAGGGGGGGGAGGGGGAGGGGGGGAAGGGGGAGGAGGAGGAGGAGUAGGAUGCCCAGGUCGAGGAGGGGGAGGAGGGGGGGGAGGAGGCCGCAUCAUCGGGGAGGUUCAGCUGCAGGAUAAAGAGCUCUUCGCUCUCAACUCGAGGAUGUGCCGACUUGCGACGAUGAUUCGGUCGCCGACUAUGGAGGAAUACUUGAAGACCCUUGAAGCCGUCGAAGAGCAGUAG